GCGAAUUGCAUUCUGUUGCGCGCGGUGUCUUCGAGCUGGCACGCGAGCCCUCGGUUCCGCGAUCGAUCGUUCGCAGUUCUGGAUAGAUCCUCGGUGACGAUAGUUUCCGCUUCGAAAAGUUCGCGCGAGUUCCGUGGACCGUGUUCAAAGAGCGCCGCUUAAUUUUCGGCCAACGACGGAUGGCUCAAACGAUCGAUGCUUCUCGAGCAAUUUAUCAUUGGGAUUUCAAUUUUGUACGACACGUUAUCUCGAGAAACGCCAAAGGAGCCUGAGGCUCGUCGCAACUGAGGUCAGGAACAAAAAAGACAACGGAGGCAGAUGUACAGAGAAGAUCAUCCAUCGCUGUGUCGGAAGAGGGAAUAGAUCAACGGCAAGAUGCUGUCGAGUUUCUCGUCUGGAAGAAUAUUAGGCGUCAACGUGACGGGUGCGUAAACGACCACAGCCAAUGGACGGCCGAUAAACGCGAGGAAGACGACUCCAAGAACGCUUGACCUGGAACAACAGUCUAGCCGCGAUUAUCCGCGGAGGAUGUUCGAGGAUCAAAGACAUGCGAGUUGAAACGAUCGAAGAUUCUACCUAUCGAAGCACGGCCCCUUCGGAAUCCCAGAUAAAACAGAUAUCGUCGACGAUCGUCUGCGAAAGUGACGACCAAUGAAUCCGCUCGACGCUAGCUGACCCAGUUUAGAGGCUACACAGGAACUGUAAGCGGUCGGACGAUAAGAGGACGCGCAGAUAACGCUUAAUUUACGCGACGUCUCGGCAAAGAGAGAAAGAGGAAACGAAACAAGUAGAAAUCAAGCGAAAACUGAGAUCUUUAGGUCGGACAGUUCACUGGGUCGAAAUGUAUCCGCGAGUGGUGCUGGUGAGCCUUCCGCAGGCGUCGAGCAUCGACAUCGAGUUCUCCAAUAUUAGCUACGAGGCCCGCGAAGGGUUUCUAAGUCCUCCCAAGAAGAUCCUCAAAGGAAUCAGCGGUACGUUCAAGGCCGGAGAGCUGACGGCCAUCAUGGGCCCUUCCGGCGCUGGUAAAUCGACGCUGCUGAACAUUCUGACGGGUUUCGAGCGCGACAAGUGGAACGGCGCGAUCGAUUACAUCGGCAAGGAGGGUAAGCACACCUGGAAGGAGUACAGGAAACAAUCGUGUUACAUUCAGCAGGACGACAAGCUGCAUCCCCUGUUCACCGUACUGGAAGCGAUGAGGAUGGCGGUCUGUCUGAAGAUCGGCAGCAGUCUGAGUCGAAAGGCCCAGGAGAUGCUGAUCGACGACGUUCUGGACAAUUUGGAUCUCAGCAAGACGAAGGAGACCAAGUGCAGCCAGCUGAGCGGGGGCCAGAGGAAGAGGCUCAGCAUCGCGCUGGAGCUGGUGGACAACCCGCCGGUAAUGUUCCUGGACGAGCCAACCACCGGUCUCGAUUCCCAGUCCUCCUAUCAGUGCAUCAGGUUAUUGCACAGCCUGGCCAAGGCGGGCAGAACCAUCGUAUGCACGAUCCAUCAGCCCAGCGCGGCUGUCUACGAAAUGUUCGACAACGUUUACUUCCUGGCGGAGGGCAGGUGCAUGUACGACGGCGCGACCAAGAACACGAUCAGCUAUUUGGCUAAAAUCGGGCUACAGUGCCCCAAGUACCACAAUCCGGCCGACUACAUACUGGAAGUGAUCAGCAAGGAGUACGGAGACUACAACGACCAGCUGUUCAAGCUGGCGAACAGCAACGAGCGAUCCUGGCGAUCGAACACGUCGCAGACCCUGAAGAAAAAGACUGUCGCCAACUGCAAAAACGAGAGCAAGGCGACGGUGCUGAUCAAGCCUCCGUCGGAGAUGGAGCGGUUCUUCGUGCUGAUGCAUCGUUGCAUGGUCCAACUCUUCAGGGACUGGACGGUCACCCAUUUGAAGCUGUUGCUUCAUCUCGUGGUUGGUAUCCUGCUGGGCGUGUUGUACACAGACGCUGGCAAGGACGGCGGCAAGACUAUCAGUAACGUUGGGUUCUUCGUGGUUACCUCCGUUUACCUGUGCUACACGAGCAUGAUGCCAGCCGUGCUCAAGUUCCCUUCGGAGUUCUCGACGCUGAAGAAGGAGAGGUUCAACAACUGGUACCAGCUGAGGACGUACUACGCAGCGUCCGUCAUUUGCAGCGUACCUAUGCAGAUGUUGUACGCGAUCGUCUACAGUUCACCUUCUUACUUCCUGAGCGAUCAACCCGCGGACACCAACAGGUUCCUCAUGUUUCUGGCCGUGGCGAUCCUGACCACUCUGAUAGCGGAAAGUUUCGGCAUUCUGAUAGGGACUCUGCUCAAUCCUGUCAAUGGAACCUUCAUGGCGUCCAUCAUCACGUGUGCUAUGUUGGUUCUGACCGGGUUCCUGGCCCUGUACAGCCAUAUACCGAUUAUACUCUAUUAUGCCAGCUAUCUGAGCUAUUUGAAGUACUCGGUGCACGCGUUCGUGCACACGAUAUACGGAUUCAACCGCGAAAAGAUGCCCUGCUCGAAGAGCUACUGCCACUACAGGAUGCCAGAAAUGAUCAUGACAGACCUGUCCAUGAUGGAUGGCAAAUAUUGGAUAGACAUCGUUCUACUGUUGUGCAACUACGUGUUCUUCAGGUUCGCAGCGUACUGCACACUCAAGAAGAAGCUCUCCUCGGCCUGAGAGGCCAUUGGUCGCUGUUCGUAGACAGAAAAUUUAAACGCUGUCGUCAUGAAGGCAGUGAGGUGAUUUCGCGUGUGGUUACGACAAUUGUUACGAAAUGCCAACGUGGUUUAGGAAAAAAGUAUCGUGUGAUCGUGCUAAUAACAAGCCCUAUCGAUGGAAAUGCUAAUUCCCAUGAAAGCAACUUCCUGUCAUUGUUCUGUGAACGAGUACUCAUUUAUUAUUCGCUGUUUUGUACUUGAUACGAAUCUCUAUUAAAACGGUUCCCAAUAAACGUGCAGUGUCUUCUCCCGUUUUCACGAACAUUUUAAAGUAUGAACAUUUUUUGAGGGGAUACGAAAUUGUUGGACAACGUCAGGAAUAUCAACAUGGUUAAAGGUUAAAUGCGAUUUCGCAGAAUUCGCUAUGCAGUUCCCUAAUCGUAUGUUGCGAACGUUGAACUCGCGCAUUGCACAUCGUGUCACUGUAAAUGAGAGAGAAAAAGGUAAAUUCGAUGAACGUUCGUCGAAGUACGCUGCUCAAAACAGUUGGGGAUCGCUAAAUUUAAAUGACUAUCUGGAAUCGAUAAUCGAUUUUCAGGCAAUGUUACUGCACACGUUCGAGACUAAUUAAUUAAAAUUCGAUGAUCUAUAAGGUGACUAAAACGUCUGAGCGUUCGGUAUUUAUUUUACUCACUGUACAUUUUUAUCGCAUGGAAGGAAGCUAGUAAUUUACAUUUUAUAUACACUGUCACAGAAGUCGUGUAAUACUAUGUAAGAAAUUAAAGUGAUAUGGCUGGGAUAUUUUUUGUACAAUUUUUUGUGACAUUCUAUUUUUUAUUUACUAUUGUAUUUUAAUAUACAGGAUAUUAGGGAUUAUUUAUCAAACAAUUUGGUUUCGAACAAGUACAGAUUAAGACGAAGGCUUGGCCUCGGAUCUCACGUUUCAAGGAGCCUCCUUUUACCAAAUUUAAUUUUUUUUAAACAAAAUGAAUUUUGGAAAUGAUAUAUUUUCAAUUAAAUAGAAAUAACAGCCUCACAUCUUACCAAAUAAUUGCAAAGUGACUUUUUAAAUUACAAAUUGAAAAUAAAUAUGUUCGGAUAGGUAUGAAUGAGAUUAAGCGUGAAUUUUUGAAAAAUAGUACAAACUUACUCGAAUAAAUUGUAACUGUUCAACUGGAUGAUGAGUUUUUGCGUGCUUACUUUGACAAUAAUGUAAUA